GAUUUAGCUGUAUCCCUGACAUUGCCCUUGUAGUCUCACUAGAGCAGAGUGGUGGGAAAAUGAAAAUCCUUACUUUGAUCGUUUUCGCAUACGCCGCGAGCGGCGCCAGAAGUGACGCAAGUCCAUUUUUGAAUAAACUCACUGAAAAAAGUGCCAGACAGAAGAGAUUGCUUUUUUAUGAUGAACAAGGUCGUCUAGUAAAAACCUACGGAAAUCCACUUUAUCACAUUGGACAGAAUGACCAAGACAACCUAUUCUAUUGGAGUUUCUUAAACACAUUUUUAAGUCCCAUUUUCCCAACAAACUUGGGAAAAACGUCCAUUGCUUAUAUGGUACCAGUCUCCGAUGCAGUGAUACAGAAGAUCAACAAAGAUCCUAUCUAUCAGAACAAGCUCUUCAUUCUAACAUAUAGAGAUCCAAUAGUGGAAGUCAAUCCUCUCUGUGCAGGAAAGCGAGCACAGAUACCUUCACCGAAUCUCUGCAACAAUUUCUUAAACUGCUGGGAUGGAUGGGCGUUUGAACAGGAAUGUCCCACUGGACUGGUUUUUUCCAAUGAAGGGUUCUGUGAUUACCCCUAUAAUGUUGACUGCAGAGAUAGGAAAAUAAAAGAUCCACGACCACCCUGCAGCAAGGACUUCGAAGCGUUCAGUAACGAAGCAGACUGUAACGAAUUUUUCGUGUGCGUAAGCGGUCUUCCAGUCAGGUUCAAGUGCCCCGCGGAUCUCGUCUAUAGCGAGAAUCUUGGAGUAUGUGACUAUAAAAGUAGAGUUCAAUGCAACGUCACUUUUGAAACGACAAAGACUCCAUCAAUCACACAAAUGACGCCAUCGUCUUCAGAAGCAAGCUCUAUACUACAAAACGUACCUGGAUUUACAGCACCAGCUAUUCCAUCUUCAACGACAGUUCCCACAGAUAAGAAAGUCGUGUUAAAUAAAAUGGAAUAUAAUACGCAAACUUGGUCGUCUACACACGUCGCUUUUUCUCGUCAAGACGCCAUUCGCCAACUUGGGCUCAGUCGGAUGGACAGAGUUAAUGAAGCUAAUUAAAUAUCACUAAUUUUUUGUAAGGCCUAUAAUAUUUUUGAAAUUGUCUUUUUUACUUCUUUAUCAAUUGUGUGUCUUUUAAUUUUCUAUAUUGUACUAAACUAUCA